AUGGAAAACAGAGACAAAACAGCGGAACAAUAUGAUGAUAAGAGCAACAUUGACCCGGAAAGACUUCUGCAAUGCCCUUUUGAUAAAAACCACCAGAUCAGAGCCUGCCGCUUCCCUUACCAUCUGAUCAAGUGCCGCAAGAAUCACCCAAAACUGGCCAAGGAGCUGAAAACCUGCCCAUUCAAUGCUCGUCAUCUAGUCCCUAAACACGAACUGAACCAUCAUACAGAGACCUGUGAAGACCGGAUAUCCGUGGACUCUGUGCCUGAUGGAGAAGGGGGCAUGAGUUGGCAGGUUCCUGUUAGCACAUGGGUGAACCCAAACCUAAGCGAGGACUGGGAGGAAGAAGCUGAUCCUUACGUAACUCCUUUUGUGUGGGGAGAAAAUACAGCUGUAAAUGUCAGACAGAUGAGGCCCACUAAUCGGCUGGGACCGGAGACCCGUGUACCAAACUCCCUGCCCUGGUUGGGUGAUUCAACUGGAAUUGAUAACCUAAACUGA